UGUUGUGGAAGUUUGCGCGGAAAGCAUUGCUGGCGAAGGAGCUUUAAAGGAUUCUUUACCUAAGGUCCUCAGUGGUCUGUUUUAAUUCUAGUACGAGAAUGUUAUUAGAUUAACGACAGUGAGGUUUGUUGACGGUGUCGCAAGUGGGCAUAAGAUUUUUUGUUUAGGGUAGGAGCUAGUUUCAGUAUAAAAAGGCAUAUGGGCUGAUAUGAAAUUAAAUGCAUCCAGGGAUAACAAAUUAGCGCUCAUGAUAUGAUAAAAAGGGUGACGUGUUUUGUGACUAAGCCCAAAUGAUUUAAUGAAGGAAGAAUUGAAUGAUGGUUAGUGGUCAGUGCAAGAUGUUUUCUAAAUUUACUAGUGUCUCUGAAUAGUUUCGUUUUUCAAAGAAGGUUACGGCUUCGUCAUGAAAAGUGUCAUUUGUGUUCUGUGCGAUAUAUUUUGAAUAAUCUCUUUGAAUUUUGCGGCAUAACUUGUGAGUUUGAUACGCUGUGUUGUAAAUCCUGAAACUGUUAAACUUUCAGAAGCUAAGGAUACUCGUUUAUGAGCAGUUUUCGUGGCAAUUAUGUGAUAAAAAUUGCGGACAACUCUAAUUACGACCUUCAUCGGACUAACGCGGGAUUCUGCCAGGCGGAACGACAGUAAAUUGGACGUAAUCAUAUUGGAUAUCCUACUGGGUACCAAUUCAUAUUCCUGGAAAAUAGGGAAAGCGGCAAAACGUGUCGAUAAAACCAGAUAAAUUACGUUAAGUAAACCUUAUUCGCACGGAAUCUGAAUUGGACUCAAGUCUAUCAUCACGUGCUUUGAAAUUCUAAAGUGGAGACAAACGAGGCAAUUUGAGGAGGAAUUGAUGAAGCUUGUUUUGUGACAAACGGUUUUAUAUUUUCUUUUAUUAACCUCUUGUGCGGUGAACAAGUGAUACUGUAAGAUAUUUGCUGUCGUUACGAGAAUUUGAAGAUGGUCGUUUAUCUUGGUGGAUUGUGAAGGGAAUUGAUUAAAUAGUUUUUAAAUGUCCUGUGGAUAAUUGAAACGGGAUUCUGUUCAUUCUCCACAACAUGGUGGAAAGAAAUAGAAGAAAAGGAGGUCGUCGAUGCAUUUGAAGUUAGUUAAAAUAUGUUUCUAUCGAUUACGCUGUCAACUUUGCUGUGGACAAAUGGAAAAACUCUGCUAUUGGACUACAAUGAAGUGAAAGGACAAGGGACUUUAAUGUUACCCGGGCUAAAUAAUACGUACUUACUUCUUGGUAAUAGUGGAUUCUACAACGACGAGUUUCUUAAAAUUGACGAAAGGAGCGAUUAUUCAAGCCUGGUGAAGACAGCGACCCCAACAAUAGAAAACCUUGUUAUCAGCAAUAGCAAAAGGGCAAGAACCAAUAACAACGAUAAUUUUAUCGAUUUCACCCGCGAUAAUCGCCACCAAUACCAUAUGACUAUUCUGGAUAAUUUCGCGAAUUUAACCGCUAAUAAUAUAAGUGAUUAUUUGUUAACCAAUUGGAGUGGGGGUAACGAUGUAGGAUUUACUGAAAGUAGUACCGGUGCCGAGAAUAUCUACGGCGAGGGUGAUGAUUAUGAUGAAGAUAAUGGGAGUGGUGGAAAGCGUGAUUUUGUAUUCGAUAGGACGGAUGUGAAAAUAAUUUUUAUAACUUUGUAUUCAUUAGUGUUCUGCUGUUGUUUUUUCGGAAAUCUCCUUGUGAUACUAGUCGUAACUUUGUCACGACGUCUACGAUCAAUUACCAACUUUUUCUUAGCCAAUUUAGCUGUAGCAGAUUUUUGUGUGGGAGUAUUUUGUGUAAUGCAAAAUUUAUCAAUUUAUCUUAUAGAAAGUUGGGUAUUUGGAGGAUUCCUGUGCCGGAUGUAUCAAUUUGUGCAGUCACUGAGCUACACUGCAUCGAUUUUCAUCCUAGUUGUUAUUUGUAUGGAGCGAUAUUUUGCUAUAAUUCAUCCAAUCACCUGCAAACAGAUUCUAACACCAUCCAGACUCCGGAUGGUAAUUGUGGGAGUCUGGAUAACGUCCGCCGUAUAUUCCACGCCAAAAUUUAUUUUUAGUAAAACGAUAACAAAUGUGCAUACAAGUAAUGGAAAGGAGGAAAAUAUUUGUAUAAUGGAUCGAAUGAUGUUCAAUUCAAAGCUAUUGGAUUUGAUAAAUUUUGGAUUGUUGUACGUAACGCCAUUGCUGGUUAUGUCAGCUCUCUACAGUCGAAUAGCGAUAGCAUUGUGGAAAAGCAGUCGAGGAUUGGAACGACAUAUAGCUUUGCAGAACACAUCGACGUGUUCACCGUCAUACUCUGGCACACAUCUUUUUCGGCGCCCGAGCAGCAGAUAUGAAAAACGGGCUGUCGGAGUUACUGAGAGCCAGAUAAAUGGAAAUCCACAGGUGUCCGUCGAAUCUGACAAGGUUGUGGUUACUACGUGGAAGAAGCAGAGUUUCCAUCAACGCCAUGGGACGCAAUUGACACAGCUGUCACAUUCAUCUAACAAUGUCCUGCGAGCCAGGCGUGGUGUCAUUAGAAUGCUAAUUAUUGUGGUGCUCACUUUUGCACUGUGUAAUUUGCCAUUUCAUGCUCGGAAAAUGUGGCAAUAUUGGUCGGAUACGUACAAGGGUGAUUCGAAUUUCAACGCUCUUUUCACGCCACUAACUUUUCUGGUGACAUAUUUUAACUCUGGCGUGAACCCCCUACUUUAUGCAUUCCUUAGUCGAAACUUUCGGAAAGGCAUGCGAGAAUUACUCCUGUGUUCGUUUAAAAAGGGCAAAGGAAAGUCUUCGGUACAUCAACGAGUACCCUUACAAAAUCAUUCUUUACCGACCGAUUCGACUCAUAUAGGAAACCAACUGUGAUGCUGUUAUAUAAUUCUUCCUCUACUUCUAAUUCUUCCGUGCAUAUUUCAACAAUACAACAAUCGCUGAAUUCAUGACAACAUUUCACGAAAUUAAAUGGAAACCAACAAUAUUCACCGGGAACAAUGAACCCUCCCCGAAUUGGAACUCUCGCCGUCUGAAUGGUCCUUGAAUGGAAAUUACUGACGAAAAAAACUGAAUUUUUAUUCAUUGGAAUCGCACCAUUGUGUCAACAUCACUUGGAAUAAAAACUUCAAUUUGCAAAACGCCGUCGUCCUUGGAACGAAACAAAUAAAUAAAAUUGAAAACUUUUGAAAUGCGAACGCACGGGGUAGAGCCCUCAUGUUGCAUCUAUGGUCCUGCAGUCAGUAAAUUUGCCGAUGGAGUCAUUGAGGGAGUGCACCCAGAUUGCGGAAGAGGAGUGCUAGCUUUUGUCAACAAGUCGACCUACCGAUACAUUGAAACCUUGUGAUCCUUGAACUUAGGAAAGAGCACAAAAUCGAACUGAAUUCAUCGAAAUUUAUUGUAAUAUUAACGAAUUUCUUCCUGUAAAUAAUGAACAGAGAUUGAAGUAUGUUUUGUAAAAAACGAAGUAUUGAUAUCUUAUUGACAGUAACUUAGGAAGCCAUUAUUGUAAUUAGAUAAUUUUUAUCAAAUAUUUUAAAAUAAAGAAGAAAAUAUUUUAAAGUUGUCAAA